AUGGACUCAGUGGCCUUUGAGGAUGUUAAUAUGGAGUUCACCACGGAGGAGUGGGCUUUCCUGGAUCCCACCCAGAAGAAACUCUACACGGAUGUGAUGCUGGAAACCUUCUGGAACCUGGCAUCAGUAGCAUGUAGUUUAGAAGAAAACUGUGGAGACCAUGACAAUGAAGAUCAGUAUGAACAACAUGCAAUGAAUCUUAGCAGUCAUAUGGUAGAGAGUCUCUGUACAAGGAAGGAUGGUAGUCAAUGCAGAGAGAACUUCAGACAGAUUCCAAAUCCUAAUGAAAGGAAGAAAACUCCCGAAAUACAACCACCCACAUCUAGGUUGUGUAGACAAGUCUUCAUGCAUUAUUUAUCCUUUAAUAACCUUGUGAGCUCUGACACUGGACCCCAGAUCUACCAGUGUGAGGAACAUGAAGAGAAGCCUUAUAAAUGUAAGGAAUGUGGGAAAGCUUUCAAGCAUCUCCGAUAUAUUAAUGUACAUGAGAAGAAACACAGCGGAGAAAGACCCUAUGAAUGUACAAAAUGUGGUAAAGCCUACAGGUAUUUGAGUAACUUAUGUCGACAUGUAAGAACUCAUACUCAAGAGAAAAUCUAUGAGUGUAAGAAGUGUGCGAAAGCCUGGAGUUCUCUCCUCAUAUUUCAAAGACACAUGAUCAAGCACACUAGAGAUGGACCUUUUAAAUGUAAAGAGUGUGGGAAAGAAUUCCGAUGCCCAAGAAACUUCCGACAUCAUGAAAUGAUACACAACGGAGAAAGGCCCUAUGGAUGUAAGGACUGUGCGAAAGCCUUCAGUUCUCUCAAGUAUCUUAAAAGCCAUAAAAGGACUCAUGAUGGAAAGAAGCCUUAUGAAUGUAAGGAAUGUGGCAAAGCUUUCCGUUAUCCUACUUCCCUUAGAAAUCAUGAAAUAGCUCACACAGGGGAGAAACCCUAUGAGUGUAAGCAAUGUGGGAAAGCCUUUAGUCGUCUCAGUUACUUUCAAGUUCAUGAAAAAACUCACAGUGAAGAGAAACCAUAUGAGUGCAAACAGUGUGGCAAAGCGUUUCGUUCUCUCAAGUCCUCUCGAGUCCAUGAAAGAACACACAGUGGAGAAAAGCCCUACGAAUGCGUAGAAUGCGGAAAAAUCUUCAGUUACUCAAGCAGUUUACAUAAACAUCUGAAAGCACACUCGAGAGAGAAACCCUGUUGA